AUGACACCCAAAAGGCGCAACCUCACCGACGACGAGCGCGAGACCAUCCUUCGGGAAGUCUUGCUUCGCAGCAACGGCAGCUAUAUGACGAGGCUGCCAAAAGGCUUCAGCCAGGAGCUGGCGGAGAAAUACAACUGCAAUGUGUCCACCAUUCGCCGGGUCCUUGCGGUUGCCAAGCAGCAGGGAAUUGGUGGAGACAACAUGAAAGUAUCUGUCGCCAGCAAGAUGAAAGGUAGAGUGGGCAGGAAGAAGGAGUUUACUGCAGAGCAAGUUAAAGCAAAGCUCUUGCAGUUCGUCGGCUCCUCGUUAGAGCUGAACAAUAUGCUGCAGUACGUGCACUUGGAGGAGAAGUGGUUUUACCUCACCAAGGUCAGCCGUAAGUAUUAUCUUGUACCAGGAGAGAAAGAGCCAAAACGAGAGUACAAAAGCAAACGGUAUAUUACGAAAGUAAUGUUCCUCUGCGCUGUGGCUCGUCCGCGGUACGACUGCGUCACCGACAAGUCGUGGGACGGCAAGAUCGGCGAAUGGCCAUUUGUGGCGACCGUCGAAGCGCAACGUGACAAUAUGAACCGUAAAGCUGGAACCCUCGAAACCAAGUCAGUCGUCGUGACAAAGGACGUGUACCGUACUGUCUUGCUGGAAAAGGUCUUGCCUGCCAUCGUCGCCAAAUGGCCACAGGGCGACAAUGCCCGAGCUCAUGUUACGCCAUCGGACCCCGAGCUCCAAGCCGCCUUCAACACGUACCGGUCAUUGGGCUGGAUGAUGUCCCUCGCCCCACAGCCGCCACACUCUCCUUGA